GCAAGCACUCCACUGAUGACGCCUUCGCCGACUGGCGCGUCGCUGUUUGGAGAAUCGAGGUAUCAGCUCUUCGGUGGGCCGCCACCACCAAUCAAGGAAGUGUCACCAGCACCGGCUCUGAGCCAGCCGCUGCAGAGUGCGCCAGCCCCUGGUCUUGGCGAACUGCUGGACCCGCAUCCGCUGCUGCUAUCGGUGCCUCCGCCCAGUCAGGCACCUCCGCCACAACAUCAUCAUCUUCCGCCGCCUUUGUAUGCUGGAGGGUUCGGUGGAGCCCCGCCUUACUACGACUACAACUUCCUUGGACCCCCAGGAGCACGAAUAUCCGAGCCUUUUGGAGUUCAAGACUUUGGUCGCCGCAAUUCGCUGGAAAACGACAGUGAUGACGACGGUGACUCAGAGGCCGAGCGGCAACAGGCGAUGCGCGCAGCUUCUGGCAUGACUGCCGAGAACGCACCGAAGCCGCCGCCUGGGGCGGAACAUCCGUCACUGGGAUCUGCUUUUCACGAUAGUGGAAGCUGCAAAAGAUGCUGCUUCUAUCCACGGAACAGGUGUCUGAACGGGUAUGAGUGCGAGUUUUGUCAUUACGAGCACGAGAAGCGAAAGCGGAAGAACAAGAAAAACAAGAAAAAGAAGGCUGGUGAACACAUGGAGGAUUACUAUUCGGCCGAUGCAGUCGCACACAUGACUGACCUCCCUUGGCAACCGGCGCCAGCGCCUCAUGCGCACGUGCCGGCGGCUUUGCCCUUGCCUUUGCCACAUCAUGUGCCACCUGAAUAUCCGGAAUUUGCGGAUGGACCGCUGACAUACCAGUGGACCGAUGGCACAGUUGGGCAGACUCCUUCUCCCCCAGUCAUCCCAGGCUAUGAACGCCUGGUUGCGGCUGCAGUCCAGAGGGUGCAGAGAGCAAGUGCACCUCACAGGGAAGGACCUGCACUUGCCACCAAUCCUCCACCAAACCCAAACCAGUACGAUGCCUAUGACCGUACCAGCCCUGGCUUUCACCCUGGCUACGAGGCACCACCUCCUGGUCCGACGUACCGCCCUCCACCACAUGCGCAUCCACACCCACUUCCCCCGCACCCGCAUCCGCAUCCGCAUCCCACUCUUCCUCACCCACAUCCGCAUGGCCUUGACCCUGCGGCAGCGCCGUGGCACCCCCCGCCAUUCCCGUCAGCAGCAAGCAAUGGUACGGUCCGUCCACUUCCUGACAUCAUGUCGUACCCUCCGCCGGCCGCGAAGCCACCCCCAGAAGAACAUCGUCUGGCAACCAUUGAGGAGUUGGGCCUCCCACCUGUUGGCCAAGAUCCCCGGCCCUUUGACCUGCUGACUGCCCCGGGUCCGCAGACCCCUCCCGCCCAGGCACAGCUCGCAGAGCCCACGCAGCCUGCACCGGCUGCCCAAGCUGUAGAGCCCGUGCAACCCAUACAAAGCCCAGCCGGAAAGCCUACGCCUCUCUUGGUGGAGAAGGUUGCCAACCAGGCAGAUGACCUUGCUCCCAAUAUGCCUCCACCUCCUGAUCAAUCGCCCAAGCUCAGCACAGACCUUAUGGCGACCAUUGAGGGCCCCCCUCCCCCUGAUGAGUGUCGCUGUGGCCCACUGAGCGGCGACAAUGUGAGUGUCCUGCCCCCUGUUGUGGAGUCCAGCCUUGCCAGGCUUGAAAGGAGUGCUGCAACACUGGAGCAGUACCAACAGGCUGCUGCAAAGAGGCAGGUAUUCAUAGUGGACAUCUUCACGCAAAGACUGGUAGCAGCAACCAUGAGCCAUGCAUUUGCUGGCUUCAUUGCAGUAGCUCCAGCACUGCGAGAACCUGACAUUUUGGACAUAGCCGAAGCAACCCGGCCGAAUCUCUAUGCUGCCGCGCAUGCUAUCUACCAGGCCUUGCAACAAGAGGAGCAGCACGGCGAGGAGUCCAGGCUUGUUGCCAGCUGCAUCCCUGGAGUCUUCACAGCCCUGACAGCGAUGCUUCUGCUGUGGGAGGCUCACGACGCCCCAGACUCGCUCUUUGACACGGCCCUUCACUCCUUGCUCAUGCUCGAAAGCUCUACCGUGGCACCGGCAAUGGCGGCACUGGGAGUUGCGGGCGUGCUGGAUUGUGCUGCUUAUGGCACAGCCCAGGACGGCUGGUGGCCUGGUGUCCUGGAUCUGCGUUGGUUUCGUCGGUUGACCGGCCGGCUGGGGCGGAAGCGAAUGGCGUGGCAGACACUGGUUGAGACCGGCAAGGAGCCCUGGCAUAAUCGAGAGGUGGAAGAGCGCCAGUCGUGGAUGGAGGAGAAGAAGUUUGGCUUUGAGUCGAGAAGAGAGGAGUCGGCCAGCCUCUGCUUGUGCGUCAUGCACGGCGAGGGUGCGAACACGCUAAAGUCGACACUUGAGUCCUACGAAGAUGGCGGCCUGCUUGAGAUGGCUCGCCGCCGUUACAUCGCCUUCCUGGCUCGCGCGGAGCUGGAGGAGCCUGUGAGCUGCUGGCGGCGGAAGAUCGCGGAGCGGUUUGGCCUCGAGCUUUUACCAGAGUCCUCUUGGCCGGAGCCGUUCAUCAGGAAGCGCCAGAAGUCUGGGGAUCCAGGUGCCGCCAUGGCAGCCUGCGCUGUGGCAUGUGACCAGGAGUACGUGCUCUUCUUGGAGGAUGACUUCAAUCUCGUGACAAGGCCGGCCGAGCUCGUUCGUCAUCGUCUUGAGGCGGCUAUGCUUGCAUUGGACGCCAGCAGGCAGGCCCCGGGCCGUGCAGCUGUUCUUGGUGUGCAUCUGCGCCACAAGCUUUUCUUCGGUCCGCCCUUCUACGAGAUCUUGACCGCGCGCCAGCAUGGCGAACCUCCGUCACCUUACACGGCAUGGUACUUCAGCUCAGAUCCCGUGGAGCAUGGCUUUCCCGACAACUUGUGGGAACCUCCUUUCUGGGACUCUGGCAAAGAGUGUGAUUCCGAUAGGAAUUCCUGGUACAAGACCUUGCAUUACCAGAGAGAGCCAGCGUUUGCAAUCGAAAAGUCUCGCAGUGGCCAAAGUGGGGCCUUGCCGGGCGAUGAGGUGGCGGCGCGUGUUUGGUGGUGCGCAGAUGGUUCAUCUGUGCUUUGUACCUCCACGGCUGCGCAUCGGGAUCCCUUCCGCAGUCUUAUGUACAGUACAAAUCCAAUGCUUUUCGGGACGGUGCCUUGGCGCCUGCAUAUCAUGAGCUACAUGGCGCUGCUCCAGGAUCUGCGAGCAGUGGAGGAGACCAUCACGAGCUCUUACUCGUGGCGCGUGGAGCCAGCAUUCGAGCUGGGCCUCUCCUUGGGGCUUUUCCGGCAUCAGCGCAUCGAUCGCAGGCUCAUGCCCGAUCCCGACGAGGAUGCGCUGGCUGCCCAGUGCAUGGAGGCCUUCGAGGCCUAG